AUGGGAGAGUUGGACAUGGACUUUAAAAGCCCCAAUAAAUGGUUACAGAGCCAAGGUUCAGAGAAGUGGACCCGGAGAAGUGGGUUGGACAUGUUAGGUAACCUCGCGAAUAAGGGUGCCAAGAGUACAAGCGGUACAAGAAGGGUACCAGGUUUCGCUGGAUCUUUUGGAAAGGAGCCCAAGAACAAAUCCAUGCGGACUUUGCCUCUGGUCUGGGGGUACACUCAUCGAGAUUCUCAUGAACUACAAUCUCCCUGCAUUUUGCAUCUACCUAUAGCAAUCUUCAAUGAGUUCUUAAUUAAAAGUAAAGUAUUGGCAGCUCAUGGAGCUGCGAAGGUGAGUGCUUAUGUAACUCACGGUAUCUUCCCAAAGAGCUCAUGGGAGCGGUUCACCCACAAGAACAAUGGAUUAGAAGAAGCGUUUGCGUACUUCUGGAUCACGGAUUCUUGUCCACAGACGGUUAAAGCCAUAGGAAACAAAGCUCCUUUCGAAGUCUUGAACCUCGCGGGAUCCAUUGCUGAUGCUCUGCAGAUUUGA